CUAACUAACUCUGAACUUUGAGACUAAUGUGGGGAGCAGUUAUUUAUCCAGUAGUCACAGCUUCUCCACUGGAUGUACAGGUUAUAUAUACCGGAAUUCAUCCGCACCUACCACUCCAAAAAAAUCUGACAAGCCACCCUAACAAAUAUAUAAAUUCAGGGCAUAUAGACCUUAUCCUUUAAAUCUAGAUUGCAUUCCUUAAAUUCCCAGUGUCAGACGUCACGUCCUAUCUUCUUAAGAUAUUUGCUGUUUAUUAAAGGACGAGUACCAGUAUCCCACUUGCCUCUUUGAAGCUGACUUGCCACUUGGAGUGGAGACUUGUGCAACUACUAGGAAUUGACCACAAGUAGUAAAAUUUGCUUGUUUUAUUUAGUUCCUGCUCGAACACAAUGCCUCGGCCAGGGAAAAACUCUUACAGCGACCAAAAGCCUCCCUAUUCCUAUAUAUCUCUCACAGCUAUGGCCAUUCAGAGUUCUGCAGAAAAGAUGCUGCCCCUAAGUGACAUCUACAAGUUUAUUAUGGAUCGCUUUCCCUACUACCGAGAAAAUACUCAAAGGUGGCAAAAUUCUUUGCGGCACAACCUUUCAUUCAAUGACUGCUUCAUCAAGAUCCCGAGGAGACCAGACCAACCAGGCAAGGGCAGCUUUUGGGCUCUCCAUCCGGACUGUGGGGACAUGUUCGAGAACGGCAGCUUCCUAAGAAGAAGAAAACGAUUCAAAGUCCACCGCUCGGAUCACUUAGCUUCCAAAAAUUCUCAAAUGAUUCAUUACUUUCACCAUCCACAUCAACAAGCUAAACUGGGCAUUGGACCACCAGAGGCAGCUGCGGCUGCUGCUGCGGCUGCUGGCAUGGGGAGGCUGUCCCAUUUCCAACCCUACAGCAUCAAUGGAAGUCAGUCAAGUGGAUUUAAGCACCCGUUUGCGAUUGAAAAUAUCAUAGGAAGGGACUACAAGAGCAUGAUGGCUAGCGGUCUUCCUCUUGCUUCUGUAAUGCAUCACCUGGGCUACCCAGUCCCCAGUCAACUAAGCAAUAUGGUCAGUUCCAUGUGGCCUCACGUUGGGAUGAUGGAUUCAAUGGCAGGUAUGCCAAUGUCUUCUGACUACGGACCAUUUGCAAUGCCCAUGAAAGCAAUCUGCCACCCAACUAGCAGUCAGACUAUGCCAGCUGUCCCUGUGCCAAUAAAACCCACCCCGUCACUGCCGCAAGUUUCAGCCAUGUCAAAUCUGGCGGGUGGCCCAACUCAUAUGUGCUCCUCUGUUUCUUCACUACAGGAGCAGCAGCCCUCAGACUCAGCAGAAGUGUGCAAGAACACUGGCAACUCUUUACACCUAGUGCUAGCGCAUUCCUAGGAGCCAUGUAACACUGGACCCUUGGCUAACAUUUAGGGGUAAGGGGAGCAGGGGGACAAAUAUUUACAUUUUAAUUUUGAUGUGAAUCAAUCCUUGUAAAAUACUUUACUUCGAUCUGCUUUAUGUAUUGAGAUGUUGUACAAUCAGAUAUUAUAGAAGAAUCAUUCAGGUAAGAUAUUUACUUUGUUCUACAGCACAAAUGUUUAAAGUGACGUGACCUUCCCGGUAAAUAAUUGUUAAGUGUUGUAAGGUAUGUAACAUAUCUAGCAAAUCUCCUAUACUUAGUUCGGGCACACUUAUAGGAAACUGCAGCAACUGCUCUAAGUAUUGCGAACUAUAACCAGCAAGCAAUUGUCUUUACAUUUAACAGUUAAACUCACUGCUUUUAGGUCUCUUGAAGUGUUUUCAUUAAUUAUGCAGAGUUUUUGUAUUUAAUGUUUGUAGAAGACGCACACAUAAUUUAGACGAUUUUUUAGAGGGGUAGUAUAAUAAGGUUAAGGGUAGGCCCUCAGUGAAACUUAAAAGUGAUCUUUUUUUUAAUAACAGCGACGUCCCAUAUUUUUAUGUUUGCAAAAACUUGUCAAUUUCUCUUUUGAAGUAUUCGCUUUUACAUAUUCCCAAGAACAACAUAUAAUCAAUUUUAUUGAGUUAUUUUACUGUUUUAGAACUGUCUUCUUUUUGUACCAGAACAUUGUGCGAUGUGAGUUUCUUGCCUGCAGAUAAGAUGCACAUUGAGCCUAAUUAAAAUAAAUAAAUAAAUAAAUAAAUGAAUAAAA